AUAAUGAGGUCCAUUCGCUGAUUCUUUAAUAUAAUUCUAACUUCACUAGAGACUAUGUCAGAGCUUAAUACGCGAUAGGUUCUACGCAAAAUGGGUAACGUGUCAUCAAUUAUCGAAGAAAUUUUGGAUUAGCAGCUAAUAAUUUUUGUUAAACACGAUUUCCAUAAUUUUCUUGCCAUACAUUUUAGAUUCUUACAAUUGGUGCAGAGUACCAUUCAGUAUCCGAGUUUAAUAGAAGUCCUGGGGUCUACUUUCAUGCUAUGCCUCGUAGGAUAUUACGUGAUCAUGGAAUGGGAAAAUCAUAAUAUUUUUCGACUGUGCGCAUUUUUUAUUGCGCUAAUAAUGUUCGGUUUCAACGUAUUUAUAUAUUGCUACAUGGGCGAUCAAGUCAUCGAUCAGGGAGACAAAGUCGCAUUAACAGCAUGUACUUUGGAAUGGCAUCAUCUUCCGGAUACGAAAGCGCGAUCAUUGAUUUUACUCAUAGCCAUUUCUAUAACUCCAUUAAAACUUAAAGCAGGAAAUUUCAUUGAUCUAUCUCUCAGAACAUUCGGCAGUAUUGUUAGGAUGUCUCUUACAUAUUUAAAUCUUCUUCGAUCGGUUGAGUAAAUUUUUGGAAUUAAUCGUAAUGUAAAAAUAAACUAGAAUGUCUGUGUGCACAUUCCCUGUUGACUCUUAAACUCUUUGAUCUGAACCAAAUUUUGCAUAGUUAAUCUCUAGAUUCCUGCGGAAAAUGUAGGCUACCAUGAAACUUGUAAACACCCUACUCCCCUCAUCGAUAACUUCAUCUCUUUGACCUUUUGUAAUAAUCAUAUUGUGUUGUUUAAGGGUUUAAACCAAUCGUAAUUAUGUAGAAAAAAAACAG